UUAAAUACGCUGCAACAUUAACGCCGACAGUAGAUUAACAAUUACAUCACAAUAAAUAAUCAAUCGAAUACAAAGAUAACGAAUUAUAUCGGUAAAUACGUUAUCUCGAAAUGUCGUAUCACGACGGUUAAUUACUAGUGUUUUUUUUUCUUCCUUUUAAUAAUUAAAGAAAGAUCAUUUAUAAAAUAACAGGAGCCAUGUAACAAGUGAUGUAUAUUAUGAGAUGUUUAAUUAUAUUCGCGUUGUUUAAUGUUAAUUGUCUGUGCGGUGAGGAUUUUCUGACGCCAGUUGUCGAGGACGCGGAAUCCGAUGAGAAUUUUUACCACGAUAAUCGCGUCUAUUCUGUUAUUUACAAAUCAGUGAACAAGUAUUACUGUUCCAUUGGUGUUGACGAUGAAUAUCUACUAAUAUACGGUACAAAAAAAUGGACGUUUCCCGCUCAAGAUGUGAACCUAACAUUAUCAUACCCGACCGAAACGACUCGCGCGUCGCCGGAUCAUUACGAAGACUAUAUUAUAACCGGUUUCAGAGUGAACCUCUUCAUUGAUAGCGUCGAGAGCAGAGGGUACAUCAGUAGCGGUGGGCUUCUUGAGGAAUCAAUAAGCCUGUCAUUCGUCAGCAGUAACAUCAGCGCCAUGGGCUACCAGUUCUGGCUGUACGGGAUACCGAAGAGCGUGAGGCAAUAUCAGAACCUACAAACGAAUUUCAUACGAAUGUGUGUUUCUAAAUGAAUAAAUAAAUGCAGCUUUCAGAUUAAAAAAAAAAAAAAAACUCAAUCAAUUAAUAACGUGUACUUUUGUUUUAAACCUUUUGAUACUGGUCAGGAUAUUAGAGCGAAGCUAUAAAAUUGUUGUGUCGUCAUCGGCUUAAACAAAUUUUCCGAGUUAAUCCGAUGUUUUGAAGUCUGUGACAAUGACGUUCAUAGAAUCCUUUACACAAAAAUCAUAUAUACAGAGAUGGCAUUUAAAAAAACCCCUAGCGCGCCAUUAUUUGAGGAGUGGCAACAUUUUCGAAUGCCAAAAUUUCAGGGACCAAAAAAAUUAAAAACAGUUUUUAGUGUCCUUUGAAAAUGAAUUCAGUUUAAUUUUUAUAAUAAAACAUUAUAAACUUAUUUUAAAUUUUAAAAUAAAAUUUAUUCUAACAUUAAGGACUGCGCGAUAAACAGGGCCUAAGGUGGCAUCAAGCCUAAAUCCAUCACUGUAUAUUAUACAUACUAAGCUAAUAACAUCGUGUUAAAAAAACACGUAAUUUGUUUUAUCGCAUAUUAAUGUAAAUUGGGUAUAAUCUUUCCUUACAAAGCUUUACCAAAGUAACUGUAAUAUUGAACUACAAGAUUAUUCCAUUAAAAGCGACGGAUUUCGCAUUUAAAAUUUCAACAUCUAACUCUAAAUACGGCGUAAAAUUUUAAAUAACCCUAAAUACAGUACGUGUGCAUUUAUUUAAUUAAAAAUAGGUAUAAUUAAAAUUACUAUUACCAUUUAA